AUGUCGUUCCCAGUUGCACUUCAGUCUGCCGUCUUCUAUCUUCUCGCCUGCACACCAUGCCUAAAAUGGCGUCAUCGUCACAGGGCCAAGCAAGCUGCCAAAGAGAAUCGUCUCAAGAGAGCUAACCUCGAGAUGGAGCAGCCGGGCGUGUACCAGCACCCCGAGCCCUUCACUACCAACCCAUACUGGCAAGAAGAGAUCAACAGGGGCCCCAGCUUGCCCAAGAAAUCCUCCAGCAAAAAUUCGAGCAAUCGAGGCCUGACGAGUGCCGGCCGCGACUCCAACGUAUCGGAGCAGACCAACGUCGACGAUAGCAGAACCAACGUUGACAGCAUGAGCGUGUUACGCGAGGAUGAUGAGGUUCCCAGCAAUUGGAACCGGAAAAUUGGAUACCAACGCGAAGACGAAGAACUUUGGGGCGUUUGGUCGUCACAAAGGGUGAGAGAUGCCUUCGCCAAGGCACGUGGCUCGGCCGGCCACUUGAUAGAGUCGACUCUCGGCCUGGAGAAAGAGGUUACGGACCAGCAACGCCAAGCCUUUUACACGACCCCUCGCAACCCGCCUGUCAAUGACUUCCACCCGCCCAUCAUCACUACCAGGCCGACUCACAAAGACGGCAUCAAAUGGAUGCUCCAGCCACCCCCGCCCGCCAAAGUCAUGGAGGGCAAGGUCCCCGUCCGCAGGGCUGGCAGCUCCGCCAGCAAGUCGAGCGGUCGCACCCUGGUCUCCGAAGACCCUUUCCUUGAUAAGCUGGUCCGGGAGAGGCUUGCCGAAGAAAGAGCGCGCAAGAAGGCCGCGGCGGCCGGCCCAGCCCCCUUGUCGGCUCUCCCCACCGAGGCGGAGUUGAUCAAGUCCCUCUUCACUCCGGCUUGCGACAAGAAAUUCACUACUGCCAAGGCGGAUGACAACGACAAACCUACAGAGAGCACCUCGGCAGCUGGUGACACGAAGCUAAAGGCACCGGCCGCCACCGUUGCAUCGGACGAGUCCGAUGAUGACUGGCUCUACGAAGACAACGAAGAGGAGGACUUCAUAUUCACCCAACUGAGGAAGCGCUGGAACUUUGGCUCCGACCGCCAUAUCGAAUUUGUUCCUUUCGACGAUGAUGUCCCGGACUGUGCCCUCAGUCGCGAACUAGCCCAGCGGUCGAAGAAGAUGAUGUCUCGACGCACUAGGCUGUUGGCGGCUGUUGGUACUCCUGAGGAUAAUCAUUCUGAGUAA